AUGGACAACAUAUCAUCUAUAGUAAUGCUCACACUUUCAGGGCUGGAUGAAUCUUGGACAAAUAGAUUAAUAAUAUUUGUUUUUACUCUCCUAGGAUUUAUUUUGACAAUUGUUCUCAAUUUGACCUUGAUUGUGAUUAUCAUUUUACACAGAGCUCUCCAUGAGCCCAUGUAUAUUUUCUUGUGUAACUUGUGCAUUAAUGGGCUGUAUGGAUCCACUGGUUUCUACCCUGCAUUCUUGUAUACAGUGAGAGGAUCAAAUAUGAUCUCCCUCAGUGAGUGUGUUCUCCAGAUAUUUGUGAUCAUGACAUAUACCUUAUGUGAAUUUACUAAUUUAACAGUGAUGGCUCUUGACAGGUACAUGGCAAUAUGUAGACCUCUGCAUUAUCAAACUGUCAUGACUAGAGUAACAAUCUGCAAGUUGCUCAUUUUCAUUUGGCUGUUUCCCUGCGGUACAACAGGAGUGUCCAUUUCAAUAAUGCUCAGGUACCCUCUUUGUGGAUCACACAUAGACCGACUCUUUUGUCAAAACUGGGCCUUGGUAGAAAGACUUGCUUGCCAAAACGACAUUGUUCAACAUAUUGUCAAUGGGUCUUUCUUUGUGUGGUUUAAUUCACUGUUAGCAUUUCUUAUUUUCUCUUAUGUCAAAAUUAUUUCUGCUUGUUGGCAUUCAAAACAAAAUCAACACAAAUUUAUGACUACUUGUUUGCCUCAUUUAAUAGCCCUUGUCAACUUUAUCAUUUUAACAAUAUUUGAUGCUAUGGACGCUCUGUUUGGAUCCAGAGAUGGUCCUAAUGUAUUAGGAAACCUCAUGUCAGUUGCUAUUAUUGUCAUCCCUCCAUUUAUCAACCCCAUUAUAUAUGGUGUCAAACAAACUCCUAUCAGGACACAGAUAAAAAAACAUUUUCAGCAGAUACAGCGUUAA